AUGGAAAACGAACUUUAUGACGCUCGAUCCAUUUGGGCAGUCAUAAGAUUGCAGGCCAUCUUUCGAGGAAAGAAAUACAGAGAAAAAGUUGCGAUGAUGGAUCGUGAAAACGCUUGUGCUCUCAAGAUUCAAACAUGCUUCCGUCAAUUCAGACAGAAAGUCAAAAUAUUACAUUGUCGUGAAAUUGUUGCAAUGAGAGUCAUCACAAAAUUCAUACACGACUACAAAGCACGUAAGUUAUCAGAAAAACAAUACCAAAAUUUAGUUUCAUUUGAUCAUAUUUUAUUUUACUAUCCGUCAGCGUCACGAAAUCUUAAAUCAGGCGAUCUUCCAUCACCAAAAAAGAGUUUACGCAACACAACAGAAUUUCCACGACCAAAAUCUUCAAAAACUUCAGCGAAAAGAGAGAUAAUUGCAAAAGGAUACGCAGUUGAUUUGAAGUCAGCAGUUAAAGACGCACGAAAACAAGCGAAUAAAUCCAAACCACAAAAAAGAAAUAUAAUUAUUGAAUUACCACCACCGUGGCACGAUGAGAAUCCAGCAAAAAUAUCUACAACGCAGAAAGAUGAAAUGCUUUACGAACAAAAAUCUAACUUCGCCUGGGCAAAAUCAGAAUUACUUCCAAGAUUUUUAUAUAUUUGCGACCAAUACUUAGAAAUGUGCGAUGAUUUGAUAGCUAGAAAUGACAAAUACAUGAAAAGAAUUGUCCAAUACCCAUCAAUUAUUACUAUUCCUCGAUCAUCGAAACCAACUUUCAUGAAAUCAGCUCAUGAGAUUGUUCCUUUCCCAGAAAAAGGUCUUUACUUCGUUGCCUCUCUCACAUCAGCUGCAUUUAUUGAACUGGAGAACUUCACACAUGACCAUUUAUGCCAUUUGACAGACAUUCAAACAAAUGCUCCACUUUUAGAUGUAGCAAUUCAACCUUUCAGCGGCCAAGUGUUCGGUAUUGAUAGUAGAUGGAAGCUCCACAUAUUCGAAUUAGGCAUUUCCAUCUUCGAAAGACAACUUGAAGUUCCAAUUAAAAUUCCUGAUUCGAGGAAAUUUAUAUUUUUUGACAAAAUUGGAAUGUUAUGGAUAAAUUUAUUGAGUCAAGGUGGCAAUUUAAUAUGUUGUGAUCCAAUAACUUUAACUCCUACCAUUCAAUUUACAAGGGAAACAUUGUUUAGUGUCGAAUACCAAUUAGUUAAAUUAUUAACAAUCACUCCAUUGUCAUAUAAUAACAACGCAACAGGUUUUGCUUGUACUUUUGUUGAUUCAUCGGAUGUUUUCAUUUUUUCUAAUGAUUUUUCAAAUCAUAGAGUUCUGAAACAUCCGAAUAUGAAAGGUAUGGUAAGAGUUUCAAGGUUUGAUACAAGAAUUUUUGUUUGGUCAACAGACAAAAUCAUUUAUGUCUAUGAA